AUGUCCAACCCGGCGAUCGCCGCGUACGAAGCGGCGUUCAAGUUGCUCAAGGAGCCGAGCGCGUUCGUCACCAAGGGCGCGCACCCGCAUCCGGCGCCGGUGCUCUUCCACCUCACGGCGCAGAUCGCCGCGCUCUACCCCAACAAGGUUAUUUCCGAGUCCGACAUCCUCUUUGAAGAGCGAUACCUCGACGAUCAUGACCAAAUGCUCUGCGAAAUCAACCGCGUCAGUCUUCCGCACUUGGGGCCAUCGAAUGGCGCGUUCAUGGAUCUCUCGCACAUGGUUGUGGACGACGUCGGCGACGCCGACCUCUUUCGCUUGCAGCCGUCCGAAGACGACGAGGCCAACGCGACUACGUUUGGUGUGCUCAUCGUGCUGCUUCCAUCCGUGCACACGGGCGGCGUCAUCACGUUCACGUACGGCAACCACUCGGAAACGUUUGAUGAAGACACGUCGCUUCUCGAGACAUCGUUUGCCGCCGCGUUUCUUACGACGACGAUCACGUCCGCACCCAUCACGUCUGGGCGCCGUGUCGCACUUGUCUACCGCUUGUACUACGGCCAUGUGAAAACGCCGAUGCGCAUGGAGCCGAAUGUGCAAGACGCGGCUGUCGCAGCCUUUCAAGAGCUUGGGCAGUCGACGACGCAUGGGGUCCAGCGACUCGGACUGGAGCUCGAGGUGGCACACCACCCUCUCUCGUUCGAACACUUUACGUACGCGGAGCUGGGAUUUGUGAACGUGCUUCUCGCCGCCGGCAACUUUGACGUCGGGGUUGCGAGGCUCGACGCGUUCAAGAAGGGCGAAGUCAUGACGUUCCUGCCACAUCCCGCGUGCAACAUCCCGGACGCUGUCGUUGACGGUGUGAUUGGUCAUACGCUUCAAGGCUUUUUGCACAAGCCGCCGCCAAGUUCCGAUGCGUUCGAGUGUCCGUCCUUUGUGCUCGUGUUUUGGCCCACGCGCCACCGUGUCUGCAUUGUCGACGUCGUCGGCGUUUUGGACUUUCUCAUGCGCCGACGUGCGCGCGGCAACGACAACGACGACGGGUACCUCGGCAUCUCGGAGACGCGCGAGCUUCUACUGGGUGUGAUGCCGUUCUUUGGCGCUCAUGGGCCAACGCUGGCCAAGACCAAGCGCAUGUCGCCUGAAGAGGAGAUUUACAUGCUGAUGCACAAGAAAGAUCUGCCUCGCAACUUGUCGCUUCUUGAAAAGAUGCAGCGGCUCUUGACGGCGCUCGUGGACGAUAUCGCACCAGUCGUCCAUGACCUCUUGACCAAGCAUGGCUGGGAGGCCCUGCAGUCGUCGAUGCUUCGGCUCGUCCAGCGCUGGAUCGAGACCGACCCCGACGCCACGAUGCAGCUGCUCAUGAGCUUGGCUGGUCUCAAUACCGAGUCGUCCGUGUGUCCACCGCUGUCUCAACCGUUUGAGGCCGAGCUCUUCAAGCGCUGCUACGACGUCGUGCUCGCAAAGCCCGGUCUCUUUACCGAGACAAAGGGUAUGCUGCCCCGUGGCCCUACCUCUGUCAAGGGCCUCUUCUUGCUCGAGCACUACUUGACGACGACAGCGGCGCAGCUCCAAGACGCCCACUACGCGAGCCAACGUCUGCCUUUGAGUCUCGUGCCGGCCAUCGACGCCUUCCUCUUUGCCUACCCAUCCCUCGACAGCUUGUUCUGCUCCUCGGCCGAGUGGCACCCGCUCAAGGACCUUGCCGUCGGGCUGGCGUCGGCCGUGCGCUGCCAACCGUCGCUGCCGCUACCGUCGGCCAUCAUUGACAAGGUCCUCGCAGCCAUGCAAGCACCCAUGACGCCGCACGCCAGGGCCGUCAUGGCGUCCCAACAAGCCGAAAUUGCCGCCGCGGUGCUCGUCUUGGCAAGUCUCUCGCAGCGUCUUGACGCAGCACUCUUUGACAUUUUGGUGCACAUUUAUGGGCCUCGACUGCUCCCGAUCGUGGCCUCGAUCGCCUCUCAGCUGCCAGACGACGCAAUUGUAAAGCAACUCGUCGUUUCUUACAUCGACGCUUCGGUGGGCACGCUCGUCGACGAGUCGUCGUAUCCCGAGCCGUUCAACAGUCGAACGUACACCGGUCGGUACAUGGAAGAAACGUACAAGUUUGGCGCCGACAUCUUUGUCGGCGCGGCAGAGCUUUUGCUUCGCUUUGCGCCGGACACGGCCCUUGCGUUUGCUUCCAAAUGGCUGCAAUUGCUGCCGACGACGCUCGACGACCUCCAUGACCGACUUGUGCCGGUGGUGCCGCGCCUCGACCGCACCAGCUCCGUCUUUCGUCUGCUCUUCUCGGCGAUGAUCGAUCGCUUUGUCGCAGUGUCAGAGCUACUCAACAUCGUCAACUUGGCCGCGCCAUCGCCACGACAUCUCGACCCCGACCAUUGCAACCAGCCCGACGUCUGCGUCGACCUCGCUCGGGUUGUCGACGCGAACGCCACGCGGCUCUGUUUCGUGACCGGCGACGACGGCAAGUGCCGCCUCGAGAAGGUGCGCCAGCCCAAUCAAGUGUCGCCGACCGAGUGGGACGUGCACCACGCCAAGAUGAAGAUCCAUGCGCGCAUCGCGGCGUGCAUUGCGAGUUUGACAAGCACCGUGGGUGGUGAGCCAGAGGAUGCAUCGAACGAGUCGACGGAGCCACCGGCCAAGCGCGUGCGGCGGUCGUAAGCCAUCCAUCAUAACGUCUAGCUAGCCCACUGGUAACAUUUUUUACUCAGGAGUAGCGCCGGGAGUCCGAUAAUCAAACAAAUGUCCAAGUUGGG